AUGCACCUCCAACUUCUCCUCAUUAUAACUUUAUGCGCGCUUCAUUGCGAUUGUCAAGGUUCAGGUUGUGAGGCGGGGUUUUUCCGCUGUGGGACAGGCCGUUGUAUUCCAGCAAGCCAGAGGUGCGAUGGAACAACCGACUGUUCGGAUAACUCAGACGAAAUUGGCUGCCCCCAGCCCACCUGUGAGAGUGCUCAGUUCCAGUGCUUGAGUGAUGGCGAGUGCAUUCCGCAGCACUGGGUCUGCGAUGAUGAAGAGGAUUGCGAGGAUGGCUCCGAUGAAAGGCAGCACUGCCCUGGCAGGACGUGCUCCAGUUCACAGUUCACCUGUACUAAUGGGGCCUGCAUCCCGGGAGGAUACAGGUGCGACCGUGUGCCUGACUGUCUAGACGGAGCAGAUGAGAGAAACUGCCUCUACCCAGAGUGCUCGGAGCUGAGGUGUGCUAACGGGGCAUGUUAUAACAGAAGCCAGCGCUGUGACCAGGUGCUCAACUGCCGAGACGGCUCAGACGAGGCCAAUUGCACCCAGCGGUGCAGCAGCGGUCAGUUUCAGUGCAGUAAUGGAGAAUGUAUUCCUCGCGGAUACGUCUGCGAUCAUGACGAUGAUUGUGGAGACAGAAGUGAUGAACAGAACUGCACCUACCCAACCUGCAGAGGAACGUACUUCACCUGUCCCAGUGGCCGCUGCAUUCAUCAGGUCUGGCUGUGUGAUGGAGAGGAUGACUGCGAGGACAAUGCGGAUGAGAGAGGCUGUGAUAAUGUCCAGCAUGAGUGUUAUCCCGGGGAAUGGCCGUGUCCUUCUUCUGGUGUUUGCAUCCCUCUGGAGCAUCUCUGUGACGGGACGGCACACUGUCCGGACGGAGAAGAUGAAACCAACACCACUGCUGGACGCAACUGCAGUAUCUGGCGCUGUGCAUCUCUGAGCUGUGAGCAUCACUGUCACUCCUCUCCUGACGGAGGAACCUGUGCCUGUCCGCCGGGAUACGUGGUCAGCAGAAACGACAGCCGCUCAUGCAUUGAUUACGAUGACUGUAGUCUGUGGGGCAUGUGUGACCAGCUGUGUGCAGAUCGGAUCGGAAGCCAUCGCUGCAGCUGUCGGGACGGUUACCUUCUGGAGCAGCACAAAUACUGCCGCGCAAAUCCCUCGUCUGGGGAGCCUUCGCUUAUAUUCUCCAACGGGAGAGACUUGCUGAUCGCUGAUGUCCACGGACACAACGCUCAAACCCUGGUCGAGUCCCAGAACAGAGGAGUCGCUGUUGGUGUGGACUUCCAUUACCAGCUGCACAGAGUCUUUUGGACUGACACAAUCCAAAAUAAGGUGUUUUCCGUGGAUACAGACGGGUCGCGUUUGCAGGUGGUGCUGAACGUAUCCGUGGACUAUCCUGAAAACCUGGCUGUGGACUGGGUGAAUAACAAGCUGUACGUGGUGGAGGCCAGCGUCAACAGAAUCGACAUGGUGGACUUGGACGGGAGCAACCGUGUCACGCUGAUCGCCGAGCACCUGGGCAACCCGAGAGGUCUCGCGCUUGACCCGACCGUGGGGUACCUUUUCUUCUCUGACUGGGAUACUUUGAAUGGGGAACCGGGUUUGGAGAGGGCCUACAUGGAUGGGACCAAUCGCUACGGGAUCAUCAGGACCAAACUCGGCUGGCCUGCUGGGAUUACUUUGGACCUUGAGGCUAAAAGAGUGUAUUGGGUGGACAGCCGUUACGAUUAUAUUGAAACCACCACUUAUGAUGGCUUGCACAGGAAAACUGUGGUCCAUGGUGGGUCUGUGAUUCCUCAUCCGUUUGGCAUUACUCUGUUUGAGCAUUCGGUCUACUACACUGACUGGACCAAGAUGGCCGUUAUGAAAGCUAAUAAAUACAGCGACAACAGCCCACAAGAGCUCUACAGGACCUCUCAGAGACCACAUGGCCUGACUGUGGUCCAUGCAUACAGACAGCCCUUUGCAAGUAACCCCUGUGGCACCGAUCGAGGAGGCUGUGAACACAUCUGUGUUCUGAGUCACAGAACUGAUAACGGCGGUCUGGGAUAUCGCUGCCGCUGCCGGAUGGGUUUCGAUCUGCAUGCUGACGGCAAGAGAUGCGUGUCUGUGAGGCAGUUUCUGCUGUUCUCCAGUCAGCUGGCGGUCAGAGGAAUCCCCUUCAACCUGUCCACGCAGGAAGACAUCAUUCUCCCCAUCACAGGAACUCCAUCUUAUUUCGUUGGAGUGGACUUCAGUGCUGCGGACAAUUCGAUUUUCUUCUCUGAUACGGGAAAGGACAUCAUCUACAAACAGAAAGUUGAUGGAACCGGCAGGGAGGUUCUAGCAGCCAAUCGGGUGGAUGGUGUGGAAGAUCUUGCUUAUGAUUGGAUAUCGAAGAACCUGUACUGGACGGAUCCACGCUACAGGAGUAUAUCUGUCAUGAAGGUCGCGGAUAAGUCCAGACGAACCAUUGUACGAAACCUCAACAACCCCAGAUCCAUAGUGGUCCACCCAGUGGCUGGUUAUAUUUUCUGGACUGACUGGUACCGUCCUGCGAAGAUUAUGCGGGCCUGGGGUGACGGGUCACAUGCUCAGUCGAUUGUAAACACCACUCUCGGCUGGCCGAAUGGUUUGGCCAUUGACUGGAGUGUCAUGCGGCUGUAUUGGGUGGACGCUUUCUUUGAUAAGAUCGAGCACAGCAACUUUGACGGACAAAACAGGUUGUCUUUGGAUCGCAUCACUCAGAUCUCCCAUCCGUUUGGACUUACUGUCUUUGGAGGUUAUGUGUACUUCACCGACUGGAGGCUGGGUGGAAUCGUGAGGGUCCGUAAAACAGACGGAGGGGAGAUGAUGAUCAUACGCCGAGGGAUCAGCCACAUCAUGCAUGUCAAAUCCUUCAACGCUGACUCGCAGAUUGGAUCUAACUUCUGCAACAGGCAAACAAACCCAAAUGGAGACUGCAGUCAUUUCUGUUUCCCAGCGCCGUACUCCCAGCGAGUGUGUGGCUGUCCAUAUGGAAUGAAGCUGGAAGCGAAUCAGCAGACUUGUGUGGACGAUCCAUCCAAUGAGCCACCGACCCUCCAGUGUGGCUCUAACUCCUUCUCGUGCACUAACGGGAAGUGUGUCUCCCAGAGCUACCAAUGUGACGGCGUCGAUGACUGCCACGACAACAGCGACGAGGCCAACUGCGGCGCUAAUAAUAACACAUGCUCGCCCAUUGCCUUCACCUGUGCCAAUCAGCGCUGUGUGCCCAGAAGCUGGCACUGCGACGGACACAAUGACUGUUUUGAUGGCAGUGAUGAGAGGGACUGUCCCACCCAGACCCCUGGCACUUGCCAGGCCGACCAGUUCAGCUGUGCCAACCAUCACUGCAUCCCCCGCACAUGGCUCUGUGACACCGACAAUGACUGCGGAGACGGAUCUGAUGAGAACAACUGCGAUUCGAUUGGCACAUGCCACCCUGGUCAGUUCCAGUGCCCGGACCACCGCUGCAUUGACCCCAAUUACGUGUGUGAUGGAGACAGAGAUUGUGCAGAUGGAGCGGAUGAACAGGGCUGUGUGUACAACUGCACAGCGUAUGAGUUUAAGUGUGCAAACGGCCAUCAGUGUGUCAAUUCCUACUACCGAUGUGACGGGGUGUUUGACUGUAACGAUCGCUCGGAUGAAUCUGGCUGUCCCACGAGGCCGCCUGGCAUGUGUCACCACGAGAGUGAGUUCCAGUGCCAGUCAGACGGCAGUUGUGUUCCCUCAAACUGGGAAUGUGAUGGGCACCCAGACUGUGAAGAUGGCUCAGACGAGCACCACGCGUGCCCACCGCGCACGUGCCCCACCGCGCAGUUCCGCUGUGAUAAUGGGAACUGUGUUUUCCGUGGCUGGAUAUGUGACGGUGAUAACGACUGUCGGGAUGGCAGCGAUGAGCGAGACUGUCCCACGCCGCCGUUCCGCUGUCCCAGCUGGCAGUGGCAGUGCCCUGGACACAGUGUGUGUGUUAACCUCAGCAGGGUGUGCGACAACACGCCAGACUGUCCCAACGGCGCCGAUGAAUCCCCUCUCUGCAAUGAGCCUUUACCAGAUCAGGAGAGCUGCUCGGAUAACAAUGCGGGCUGCACUCACGGCUGCAUCCAAGGCCCGUUUGGAGCCCAGUGCACGUGUCCUAUGGGCUUCCAGCUGACUAACGACUCGAAGACGUGCGAGGACAUCGAUGAGUGCCAUCCUCCGGGCGUCUGCAGUCAGCACUGCUUCAACGAGAGAGGCUCCUUCCGCUGUCAUUGUCAGGACGGAUACACUCUAGAGGCAGACGGACGCACCUGCAAGGCCUCAGGAUCUCGAGAGGCCUUGCUCUUAGUGGCCAGUCGGAAUCAGAUUGUAUCAGACGACAUCCUCGCACAGCCAAACGUUAUUCGGUCUCUAGUGCGUGAUGGCCGUAAUAUUGUGGCAGUGGAUUUUGACUCCGUUACGGAUCGUAUUUACUGGUCUGACACCACCCAGGACAGAAUAUGGAGCGCUCACAAAAAUGGGACUGACCGCACCGUGAUCUUUGACAGUGGAGUGACCGUUACCGAGAGUCUCGCCGUCGACUGGGUUGGCAGAAACCUAUACUGGACGGACUAUAUUUUGGAGACUAUAGAGGUGUCCAAACUGGACGGGUCUCACAGAACGGUGCUGAUUAGUGAAAACGUGACCAAUCCAAGAGGUCUGGUAGUGGACCCUAGAAACAACACACACCUGAUGUUUUGGACAGACUGGGGCAGAAAUCCUCGUAUCGAGAGAGCCAGCAUGGAUGGGAAAUUAAGGACCACGAUCAUCAGCAACAAACUUUAUUGGCCCAAUGGCUUAACUAUUGACUACCCCAACAACCUGCUUUACUUUGCAGACGCUUACUUAGACUUUAUCGACUACUGUGAUUACGAUGGAAAGAACCGAAAACAAGCGUUGGCCAGUGAUUUGGUACUGCAACAUCCCCACGCAGUUACCAUUUUUGAGGAUUUUGUCUAUUGGACCGACAGAUACGUCAACCGCGUGAUCCGGGCCAACAAGUGGCACGGACAGAACCAGACAGUGCUGCUGUAUAAUCUGCCCCAGCCCAUGGGUCUGGUGGCUCUUCAUCCUGCCCGACAGCCUGCAGGUUAUAACCCCUGUGACCCCCGUUCGAGCCCCUGCACUCACAUCUGUCUCCUGUCAGCGAUCGGCCCCAGGUUCUACUCCUGUGCCUGUCCGUCUGGAUGGACUCUCGCCGCUGACCAGUUCACAUGCGCUAGAGUUGAGGAUCCAUUCCUGGUGGUGGUGAGAGACAGCAUCAUUUACGGCAUCCCGCUCAACCCGAAUGACAAGAGCAAUGACGCCAUGGUGCCGGUCGCCGGGCUGCUGAAUGGAUAUGACGUUGACUUUGAUGAUGCUGAGCAGAUGAUCUAUUGGGUGGAACAUCCGGGGGAGAUUCAUCGAGUAAAGUCAGAUGGUACCAACAGAACUGAGUUCGCGCCAGCAGCCAUCCUGGGUUCUCCAGUCGGACUGGCUCUGGACUGGAUGUCUCGGAACCUGUACUACUCCAACCCUGCAUCACAGUCUAUAGAGGUUCUCAGGCUAAAAGGAGAGAUUCAGUACAGAAAGACUCUCAUCACUAACAACGGCUCACCUACUGGUGCAGGAGCUCCCGUUGGCAUUGCGGUGACUGCCUCAGCAGGCUCGUCUAACGGCUGCAGUAAUAACGUGGGGACGUGUGAGCAGUUGUGUCUGCCUCGUCCCGGUGGCCUGUUCAGCUGCGCCUGUGCGACUGGGUUCAAACUCAGUGCUGAUAACAGAACCUGUUCUCCAUACCAAUCCUAUGUGGUGAUCUCUAUGCUCACUGCCAUCAAGGGCUUCAGUCUGGAGGGAGCGGAUCACUCCGAGUCUAUGGUGCCUGUGGCAGGCAGAGGCCGCAAUGCUCUUCAUGUAGACGUGCACAUUCCUUCUGGAUUCAUUUACUGGUGUGACUUCAGCAGCACCGUGGCGUCUCAGAAUGGAAUCCGCAGGAUCAAACCGGACGGAUCUGGAUUCCGCAGUAUUGUCACCUCUGGAAUCGGACGUAAUGGCAUACGGGGCAUUGCUGUCGACUGGGCCGCAGGUGAGGGCUUGUGUGCUUGUUGUAUGUUGAAAUCAGAUUUGGUAACUUUGAUUCGACUCAAUACCACGUUCCGUCGUGUCCUUCUAAAGACCCAAGUAGACAUGCCUCGUCAUAUUGUGGUGGACCCCAUGAACAGAUACCUCUUCUGGGCCGACUAUGGACAGACCCCCAAAAUCGAGCGAGCUUUUCUAGAUGGUUCCAACCGGACCGUGCUGGUUUCCUCAGGCAUCGUCACCCCCAGAGGCCUGGCUUUGGACCACCGAGACGGAUACAUCUACUGGGUGGACGAUUCCCUGGACAUGAUCGCACGAGUCCGGCCCGAGGGGGGCGAGACGGAGGUCGUACGGUAUGGGAGUCGCUAUCCGACUCCGUAUGGCAUCACCGUGUUUGAGGGGAAUGUAAUCUGGGUGGACAGAAACCUGAAGAAAGUCUUCCAAGCGAGCAAACAGCCAGGUGCGACCGACCAGCCGCUCGUGAUCCGAGACAACAUCAACAUGCUACGGGACGUUACCAUCUUCGACCGGAGAAUGCAGCCAAGUUCGGCCCACGAGCUCAAUAACAACCCCUGCUUGGAGUCUAACGGCGGCUGCGCUCACUUCUGCUUCGCCAUCCGGGGAUCUCAGAUGAGGAAGUGUUCGUGUGCCUUUGGGAAUCUGGCUGCGGAUAGCAGCAGUUGUGUGGUAUCCCGGGAUGACUACCUUAUUUAUACGACCGAAAGCACUGUACGAUCUCUGCGGCUGGAUCCAGAGGAUCAUUCGGUGCCCUUCCCCGUGGUUAAUGUGCCCCGGACUUCGGUAGCCCUUGAUUUCGACCGGUUGGACGGUAGGAUCUAUUUCACCCAGAGCUCGGGAGCGGGCCAGAGCAAGAUUAGCUUCAUUACUUUGGCUUCGCCUACCUCUUCUGUGACAGAGGUGGCCUCAGAUCUGGGAGCUCCUGAUGGCAUUGCCUAUGACUGGAUCAAUAAGAGGAUCUAUUACAGUGACUACAUUAACCAGAGCAUCAGCUCAAUGGCAGUGGAUGGGUCUCAGAGGACUGUUGUAGCACAGGUGCCCAGACCCAGAGCCAUCAUGCUGGAUCCAUGUAGAGGGUAUAUGUACUGGACCGACUGGGGAACCAAUGCAAAGAUAGAGCGUGCAACUCUGGGAGGAAACUUCAGGACAGAGAUCGUCAACACUAGUCUGGUUUGGCCAAAUGGUCUGACACUGGACUAUGACGAUCAAAGGCUGUACUGGGCAGAUGCCAGCUUACAGAAGAUCGAGAGAUGCUCACUCACCGGUGCUAACCGUGAGGUCAUCGUAAGCACCGCCAUCUACCCGUUUGCAAUGACAGUGUAUGGUCAGCAUAUCUAUUGGACGGACUGGAACACACGCAGCAUCUACCGUGCAAACAAGCAUGACGGCUCCGAUCAGGGGGUGAUGCUACAGAACCUUCCAUCACGGCCCAUGGACAUCCACGUACUCUCCAACAGUAAACAGCAGCAGUGCAGCAGUCCCUGCGAACAAUUCAAUGGUGGAUGCAGCCAUAUUUGCACUCCAGGUCCUCAGGGAGCAGAGUGUCAGUGUCCCUCUGAGGGCCGCUGGUAUCUGGCCGACAACAAACACUGUAUCCCUGACAAUGGCACACGCUGUCAGUCGGGCCAGUUCACUUGCAUGAAUGGCCGCUGCAUCCGUGCCCAGUGGAAAUGUGACAACGAUGAUGACUGUGGGGACGGCAGUGAUGAACUCGAGCGGGUCUGCGGAUCCAAGAGUCAUUUCGUUUUUGUCCCACAAGCAGCAGCAUUCAUUUCACUCUCAGCAUUUCACACCUGCGAGCCCACUGUGUUCACAUGUGGAAAUGGCCGUUGUGUGCCAUAUCACUACCGCUGCGAUCACUAUAAUGACUGCGGGGAUAACAGUGAUGAGACGGGCUGCAUAUUCCGCCCCUGCGACUCCAACACUGAGUUCACCUGCAAUAAUGGUCGCUGCAUUGCACGGGAAUACGUCUGCAAUGGAAUAAACAAUUGCUACGACAAUGGGACCUCGGAUGAGCAGAACUGCGCUGAGAGGACAUGUCAGCCAGAGCACACCAAAUGCCAGACCACCAACAUCUGCAUCCCGCGCUCGUACCUGUGUGAUGGAGAUAAUGAUUGUGGCGACAACAGUGACGAGAGCCCAACGCAUUGUGCCACAUCUACUUGUUCCCAGAACGAGUUUCGCUGCUCGAGCGGACGCUGUAUUCCCGGACACUGGUACUGUGAUGGUGGUACAGACUGCAGCGAUGGUUCUGAUGAGCCCGUUACCUGUACCACCACGGUGAGGACCUGCAACUCCGACCAGUUCCGCUGCGAUGAUGGAAGGUGCAUCGCCUCGUCCUGGAUCUGCGAUGGAGACAACGACUGCGGGGACAUAAGCGACGAGGACGAGAGACACAACUGUGCAAACCGUACCUGUUCUCCUCAGGAGUUCACCUGUAUAAAUAACAGGCCUCCUCAGAGGAAGUGUAUCCCGCGGGACUGGGUGUGUGACGGAGAUGCAGAUUGUUCGGAUGCAUACGAUGAGCACCAGAACUGCACUCGCAGAUCCUGCUCUGCCAACGAAUUCACCUGCAACAACGGCCUCUGCAUCCGCAACUCCUACAGGUGUGACCGUCGUAAUGAUUGUGGAGACAGCAGUGAUGAGCAGGGCUGCACCUAUCAGCCGUGCCAACAGCAUCAGUUCACCUGUCAGAACGGCCGCUGCGUCUCGCAGGAUUUCGUCUGUGACGGGGACAACGACUGCGGGGAUGAAUCUGACGAGCUGGAUCACCUGUGCAGGACUCCAGCACCCACCUGCCCUCCCGGAAACUUCCGGUGUGACAACGGAAACUGCAUACCUCUCAGCGAGGUGUGUGACCGGAACGACGACUGCAACGACAACAGUGAUGAGAAAGGCUGUGGUAUCAAUGAGUGCACAGACCCAUCCAUGCACCACUGCGACCACAACUGCACCGACACUCCCACCAGCUUCAUCUGCACCUGUCGCCAUGGUUACCGCCUCAUGUCCGACAACAAAACAUGCGACGAUGUGGACGAGUGCUCGGUCACGCCCAGCGUGUGCAGCCAGGUGUGCGAGAACACCAUGGGCUCGUACGUGUGCAAGUGUGCGCCAGGCUUCCUCCGCGAACCCGACGGACGCAGCUGCAGGCAGAACAGCAACAUCAGCCCCUACCUGAUCUUCAGCAACCGCUACUAUCUGCGCAAUCUGUCGACGGACGGCGAGGCCUACUCGCUCAUUCUGCAGGGCCUCACCAGCGUGGUGGCGCUGGACUUUGAUCGGGUGGACAGACGCUUGUACUGGAUCGACGUGAGCCGGAGGGUGUUGGAGCGGAUGUUCUUUAACGGGACGGGACGAGAGGUGGUGGUCAAUGGGAUUUUGCAUGGCGAGGGCCUGGCGGUGGACUGGGUUGGGAGGAAGCUGUACUGGGUCGACAGCUUUCUCGACUGCAUGAAGGUGUCGGAGCUGGACGGCCGGUUUGUGAGGAAGUUAGCAGAACACUGUGUGGAUGCUAAUAACACAUACUGCUUUGAGAAUCCCAGAGCCAUCGUUCUGCAUCCAAAGUUUGGAUAUGUGUACUGGACUGACUGGGGAGACAAAGCCUUCAUUGGACGUGUCGGGAUGGAUGGUAGUAACAAGUCGGCCAUCAUCAUUACUAAGAUCGAGUGGCCCAACGGUCUCACUAUUGACUAUACCAAUGACAAGCUGUACUGGUCUGAUGCUCACCUCAACUACAUCGAAUUCUCUGAUCUGGACGGGAAUCACAGGCACACUGUGUACGACGGUAUCCUGCCGCAUCCUUUCGCCAUCACGGUGUUCGAGGAAAGCGUGUACUGGACGGACUGGAACACGCGCACGGUGGAGAAGGGCAACAAAUACAACGGCUCUGGACGGGAAGUGCUCGUCAACACCACCCACCGACCGUUCGACAUCCACGUGUGCCAUCCCUACCGCCAGCCCAUAGUGACGAAUCCCUGCGAGGUCAAUAACGGAGGCUGUUCUCACCUGUGUCUUCUGCGAGCCGGAGGUCAGGGUUUCACCUGCGAGUGUCCUGAUCACUUCCUUACCGUGCAGAUAGGGGGCGUCGCACGCUGCCUGCCCAUGUGCUCCAGCACACAGUACAGAUGUGCAGACAAUGAACGCUGUAUCCCUAUCUGGUGGAAGUGUGACGGUCAGCGGGACUGCAGAGAUGGGUCGGAUGAACCCUCCACGUGUCCCGUCCGGCACUGCAGACUGGGCCAGUUCCAGUGUAAUGACGGAAACUGCUCCAGCCCACACUUCCUGUGUAACUCUAAUCAGGACUGUCCCGAUGGGUCUGACGAGGACACUGUGCUGUGUGCCACGCAUCAGUGUGAGUCUCAUCAGUGGCAGUGUGCCAAUAAGCGCUGCAUCUCUGAGGCCUGGCAGUGCGACGGGGAGAACGACUGCGGCGACGGAUCCGACGAGAAUCCCACUCACUGCUCCAGCAGGAGCUGCAGACCCGGACAGUUCAAGUGCAGGAACGGCCGCUGCAUCCCGCAGAGCUGGAAGUGUGACGUGGACGAUGACUGUGGCGACAACUCCGACGAGCCCAUCGACGAAUGCAUGGGUCCGGCGUACAGAUGUGACAAUCACACAGAGUUUGACUGCAGGACAAACUACCACUGUGUUCCUCUGUGGGCCGUGUGCAACGGACACAACGACUGCAGGGACAACAGCGACGAACAAAACUGUGAGGAGUUGACCUGUGAGCCGGCGGGUGAUUUCCGCUGUGAUAACCACCAGUGCAUCCCCCUGCGCUGGCGCUGCGAUGGAGACAGUGACUGCGGCGACGGAUCUGACGAACGGAACUGCACCCCUCGUCCGUGCACAGAGAGCGAGUACCGCUGUGACAACCUGCACUGCAUUCCUGACCGCUGGGUUUGUGACCAUGACAACGACUGCGAGGACAAUUCUGAUGAAAGAGACUGCGAGCUGCGGACCUGUCACCCGGGUUACUUCCAGUGCGGUAGCGGCCACUGCAUCUCUGAGCGCUUUAAAUGCGACGGCAACGCUGACUGUCUCGACUUCACUGAUGAAAGCUCCUGUCCCACACGCUACCCGAACAGCACCUACUGUCCACCCUUCCUGUUUGAGUGCAAGAACCACGUGUGUGUGCAGCAGCACUGGAUAUGUGACGGAGAUAAUGACUGCGGGGAUAAGGGGGGGGUGAGUGACCGUCACUGCUGCUUGGACAUCUCAUGUGAUCCUCCGUUCCGUUUCCGCUGUGAUAACACCCGCUGCAUCUACAGUCACGAGCUCUGCAACUCUAUAGAUGACUGCGGUGAUGGAACCGACGAGAGGCCGGAGCAUUGUGUGACUCCCACACAUGGGCCCUGCUCUGCAGACGAGUAUAAAUGUGGGAACGGUCAGUGCAUUCCUCUGCAGUACGCCUGCGACGACUAUGACGACUGUGAAGACCAGACCGAUGAACUCGGCUGCUACUACGGCCAUGGACGCACAUGCAGUGAGAAUCUGUGUGAGCAUAAUUGCACAGAUUUGUCAACCGGAGGCUUCAUUUGUUCCUGUAGACCUGGAUAUAAACCCAACCCGGAGGACAAGAACAACUGCGAUGAUGUGAACGAGUGUGAGAUUUACGGGACGUGCCCGCAGCUGUGCAGGAACACUAAGGGCAGUUAUGAGUGUUUCUGCGCUGAUGGGUUUCGAUCAGUGGGAGAGCAGCCGGGAGUCGAAUGCGCUGCUGAGGGAAAUCCUCCCGUCUUGUUAUUGCCUGAUAACGUGCGGAUCCGUCGCUUUAAUCUCUCGUCAGCGCAGUACUCUGAUUAUGUGGAUAAUGCAGAGCACAUUCAGGCACUGGACUACCUGUGGGACCCAGAAGGCCUCGGCCUAAGUAUAGUGUUCUGGACAGUGUUGGGACGAGGCUCUGAGUUCGGUGCGAUUAAGAGGGCCUACAUGACCACGUUUGAUGACCAUGGAAAUAAUCCUGUGAAAGAGGUGGACCUGAACCUCAGAUACAUCUCCAGUCCUGAUGGCAUCGCUGUGGACUGGAUCGGAGGCCAUAUUUACUGGACAGAUGCUGGGACUAAUAGAAUCGAAGUGUCAAAACUGGAUGGACGUUACAGAAAGUGGCUGAUUCACAGUGAUCUUGAUCAGCCAGCCGCUGUUGUGGUCAAUCCUGGUCUAGGUAAGAUGUUCUGGACCGACUGGGGCAGAAAGCCCAUGAUUGAGACGGCGUGGAUGGAUGGGCAGCACAGAGAGGUGCUGUUAGAUGAAGAUCUGGGCUGGCCUACUGGUUUAGCUUUGGACUACCUGAAUGAAAACCGCAUCUACUGGUGUGACUCAAAAGAAAACAUCAUUGAAUCGAUGAAAGCGGACGGAACUGACCGUCAAAUGAUCCUAUCAGGAGACAUCGGUCACCCCUACAGUGUGGAUGUGUUCGAGGGACACGUGUACUGGACGACUAAAGAGAAGGGAGAAGUGUGGAAAAAAGAUAAGUUCGGGAAAGGAGACAAGGUGAAGGUGUUGACCAUAAACCCCUGGCUGACUCAAGUACGCAUCUACCAGCAGCACCGACACAACCACUCAGUGCUGAACCCCUGUCAGGGUGUCUGCAGUCACCUGUGUUUGCUGCGGCCGGGUGGAUACACCUGUGCCUGUCCGCAGGGCACCACACUGCUCGCCUUCAACAAGAAUGAAUGUGAUGCCGCCAUUGAGGCAGAGGUGUCCAUGCCACUUGCAUGCAGAUGCAUGAAUGGAGGAACAUGCUACACUGAUGAGGGAGGCCUGCCGAAGUGCAAGUGUCCAUACGGUUACUCGGGUAGUUACUGUGAAAUGGGGAAGUCUAGAGGUGCUCCUGCAGGAACAGCUGUGACCGUCCUGUUAGCAGUGGUUAUUAGUCUGAUUACUGGAGUUCUGGUUGUGGGAGUUUUCCUCAACUACAAGCGCACUGGCUCUCUCAUCCCGUCAAUGCCUAAACUACCCAGUCUAAGCAGCCUGGUGAAGUCGGCAGACACAGGAAAUGGAGUGGCGUUUCAUUCAGGUGACAAUGUCACGAUGGACCUGGAGCCUCAGACUCUGGGAGUGUCGUUCAUCGACAGGGCCAUGCAGCUGGAUGAGAAUUUUGCAGACUCUGGUAGGCAGCCAAUCACAUUUGAGAAUCCUCUGUACUCGACUGCAGCCGGCCCAUCCAGCGAUCCAGCAGUAAUACACGCUACUCAGGUCACUGUGAACGUCAGCGGUGAUCAGGUGGAGAAUAACUUCUCAAACCCUACGUAUAACGCUCAUGAACAGACAGUGGAGGUGAAGAGCAGACCUACAGAGCAAACAACCACACAGGAGGCCAAAUGGAGUUUCUUUAAAAGAAAACUGAAGCCAAGCACAACAUUUGAAAACCCUACAUAUUCAGAGAUGCAGGAUGAGCAGACGCAUGGAGCUGCAGACGCCAGCUCUUCAUCACAGCCGUCUCCGUUCGGUCCUCCUCCCAAACCCCAGAAACGAGAGAAACUGAGCGCCUAUUCACCGACAGAGGACACCUUUACAGACACGGCCAACCUGGUUAAAGAGGACAGUGAAAUAUGACCAUCACACACGGGAAAAUACAAAGAAAAACUCCCUUUGCACAGAAUCUAUUUUUAUAUGCAGCCUGCAUACGACAGAAAUCAAUUUAAGAUUAUUUUUGAAACAAAAAAAAAAGUAUAGAUGAAAUGUUUGUAUAGCCUACAGAAAAGAGACUUUGCCUUCUGAUACAUUGUAUGCCAAUUCAUGUUGUAUGAUUCUUUUUUUAUUAUUAUUGUGACGUCAUAUUUGUAUAUCUUUGCACUAAUGCUGCUGAAGGAGAAAGUUAUGAAUAUUUUGUACAUUUGUAAAUUGAAAAGAUUUUGUUUGAUAAUAUCCUCUGGUCAGAUGUUAUUUUGAAAUAGAUUAUUACUUAUUCCUGGAGAUUCACACACACACACACACACACACACAUAUGCCAACGAUACUGAGUAAAAGUGCUUUGAGAGCCAGCUGAGACUUUGCCAUUUGAUCUGAUUAUUCGUAAAGGAAUAGUUCACCCAAAAAUGACAAUUCACCCUCUGGACAUCCAAGAUGUAGAUGCGUU